CUCUGCUCUUGUAGUGUAGCACUGGAGUUGUACUUUCUCUCAUUCAACACUAUUUGAAUGCACACUAAAUCUUUACAAAGAUGAAUGACUAAAAGAGUUUUAUAAUCAAAGUGUAUCGGUUUUGCAAUUUCACAUACAAAAAAAGAAAGAGCAAUGGGUUCAUCUUCUGCUUUUGUCCUUCCAGACAUUUACAUCCCACAAAAAUGGUCACAAGCUGCUAACUCCAUAACAUCCAGUCCAACUCCUCCCAUCACACUUGUUUGUGGAGCAAGUAACUGUGGCAAAUCAACCUUCUCCCGCAAUCUCCUCAAUGUUCUUUUAACUAGAUGUAACAAAGUUGCUUAUCUUGAAACUGAUGUUGGCCAACCUGAGUUUACUCCUCCUGGUUUUGUCUCUCUUACCAUUGUUAAUAAAGUUACUCCAGAUUUGACGAUUCCAUGCCUGAAAACACCAGAGAGAUCCCUUUUUUUUGGUGAUGUUUCUUCUCAGAAAGAUCCGUCAACAUACUUAAAAUACAUAUGUUCUAUUUAUGAUUAUUAUCGAAAGGAGUAUUGCACCUUUGAUAAGAGACAAAAUUCUUCUAAGAUUCACUUGCCUCUUGUAGUGAAUACCUCUGGCUGGGUUAAAGGUGAUGGUUAUAAGGUAUUAGUGAACAUGCUAAAAUAUAUUGGUCCCACUCAUAUAGUUAAGAUAGGCAUAUCCACUGAUCUGAAGAAUAUACCUGUUGGAAAGUUCGGGUCAAAUGGGAAGAAUGACAGAAGAGUUAAAUUGAUUGAGAUAUAUCCAGCUCGUCAGGACUCAUCGGUGCCUGCUCAAAAGGAUGCUCGUCUGGUGCGCGAUUCACGAAUAAUAGCUUAUUUCAGACAGUGCUUUCCUAGUGAUUCAGAUAUUUCAACAAUCAAGGAUCUUGCAAAUUCCUUGACCUCUCACUGUCCUUAUAAUGUUCUCAUCGCAAGCAUAAAGAUUCGACGUGUUCUUCACGAGGUCCCAAUCUCUGAAAUACUCUCCAGCCUGAAUGCUAGUAUUGUCGGCUUAGCAGUUGAAUCUGAAGGACCUAAAAAGUUACCCUGGUGCCUUGGUCUUGGCCUUGUGAGGGGCAUUGACACAGUCAAAGGCAUGCUCUAUCUGAUUACACCAGUGCCAUUUGGAUCUCUGAAAAAAGUCAACCUCUUGCUUCAGGGUAAUAUCCAAAUUCCUACAAGUUUAUUGCAGGUAAGAAAUUGUUUUAUGUACUUUCUCUUUCUUCUCAACAUUAACUUGUAGAAAUAAUUCUUGUAAAAAAAGUUAACUUUAUUACUUUGAGCUACCAAAGGAAAACUUUCUGUUGGUUUUUCCUGUAGGUUAGAUGAGAGAAAAAGAAGCAGAAAAGAAAACAAAGCAAAACUAUGCCCUUAAAAAGGACACCUCUAAGGCAUCAACUACUAACUGAUGACAAAUUAGGAAGAGACUCGUAAACCGUAUAUCAAGAGUUUCCAAAUUAUCUGUUCCCAAUUUGCAUGAGUCCAUACCUUUAUUUCUUAACAUCAAUCUUGUCAACCAUGUUUCAAAACUUCAAUCUGUGUUUUAUGGAUCAUGAUUAACAAAUGCAUGUACUAAUGUAAAAAAGAAUACUUAUUUUCAGGUCUAGGGAUGCAUAUCAGCUUACAUGUCAGAGAAUGUAUUGACUACAGCCUAGUUAUUUUCCAUGAGUUAGCAAAGAAAAUACCUUUAAUCUUUAUAGUAACAGAUUUAUUAUGAUACUUACCUUUCAUGGAAGCAGCAGCACAUGGAUUAUAAUUUAUAUAGUAUGCCUGAUAGUAUUUUUUUAGUUUUCCUUUAUAUUUAUGAUUAGUUGUGUAUUUUUC